ACAGCUCACUCUCCUGGCUGUCGCGUGGGGACGUGCAUGUUGGUGCGCACCGGCGCUGGUGCUCGUGCGUGUAACUCAGCUGGUCUCUGUCCCGAGACGAUACUUCACGAUCAGCUGUGAGACAGACUGGGGGACACGUCGCACACCUGCGGCUUAAAGGAAAUAGAUGGAGGGACUUACGCCACAUCCGACCGAUUACUUCCCCUCCUCUCGUGGUCCACGGGGGAGCGCGUUUAUAAGCUGAUUUACCCCAGGGGAUGUGAAUACCUCCCCGGGAUUAGAAGGUUAUUGGGUGAUCGACAAUGCCCCGCGUCUCUGUCCGGCACUACCGGCUUUUGUUGGUGCGGCAGCGGACGCAGGACGCCCGGUUUUCCCCGGUUCAUCUCCGGUAGCUGCGCAGCCUCUGCUCCUGUGUCGCCCUCCCGGUGUGGAUAGGAUAAUAUGACUUCCUGGCUCCGCACAUACGGCAGCGUCCCUCUGUGUCUCCUGCUCUUCUGCUUGGUGGUCGCUGUCUGCGCACAACGCUCCAGUGCCAGUGACAGUGUGUGCUGGUCUCCUAGCAUCACUUCUUGUAAAGAGUGUCUCAGCCGCGGACCACAGUGUGCCUGGUGCUUCAAGGAGGACUUUCUGGAUGGAGCGGUGGCGAGCCAGCGCUGCGACCUGCCGGUGAAGCUGCUCAGGAGAGGCUGUGAGCCGGAGUUCAUGGAGCAGUCAGAGGUCAAGGUGGAGGUCAACGCCACCACCAGCACCACUCAAGUAUCCCCACAAGACAUCAGCGUCACCCUCAGACCAGGUUCCCAGGCCAGUGUAGUGGUGGCUGUGAAGCAGCUGAAGCGUUAUCCUGUGGAUCUGUACUACCUGGUUGAUGUGUCGGCCUCUAUGCAGGAAAACCUCGAUCAUUUGAAGACAGUGGGUGUGGCGUUGUCUCUUCGUAUGACGGAGCACUCCUCGGACCUUCAGCUGGGUUUCGGCUCGUUUGUGGACAAGCCUGUCUCUCCUUACAUCAAUGUCCAUCCAUCCAAGAUCAGCAACCCCUGCAGUGAUUAUGAGAUCCGCUGUCGUCCAGCCCAUGGCUUCCACCACGUCCUGGGUAUGACUGGAAAUAUAAGCGAGUUCACGCGUGUGAUCAAACGCCAGCGCAUAUCUGGAAACAUGGACACACCUGAGGGGGGACUGGAUGCCUUGCUGCAAGCUGCUGUCUGCCAGAGAGAUUUGGGUUGGCGACCCGAGGCCAAACGUCUUUUGCUCCUGAUGACCGACCAGCCGUCCCACCUCGCCCUGGACAGCCGGGUGGCAGGGAUAGUGACGCCUAACGACGGCCUGUGUCACCUGGAGAACAAUGUCUACACAGGUAGCACGAGGCAGGAUCAUCCCAGUGUGGGUCAGUUGUCUGAUAAACUGCUUGAAAACCAUAUGUACUUGAUCUUUGCCGUGGAGAAGCAGCAGUACAAGUGGUACGAGGCAUUGGUGCAUUUACUUCCUGGCUCCUACCUGGGAAGGUUAGGCCUCUUCCAGGCUCCAAACCUCAUCGAGCUGGUGGUGGACGCAUAUAAGAAGUUGUUGUCGGAGGUGUCAAUAUCAGUGUCAGUGGAGGACAAGGCAGUCAGCAGGUAUUGGGUGUCUGUUUCUCCUCUCUGUCCCAAUGGAUCCAUGGUGAAGGACCAGAGCUGCUCGGGGGUGCAGCCGGACCAGACGGUCUACUUCAAUAUCACCAUCGGGAUGCACUCUUGUCCCGACAAUGGGGAAGAUGAAGAUGUAAAAGUGGUGGUUCGACCAGUGGGUUACAACGAAUCCACGGUGGUUAGGAUCCACUCUAAAUGCGCCUGCAGUUGUGGAUCAACGAGGCGCUGCAAUGACGAAACCCAAUCACCAUGCAGAGAAACACAAGGGAUCACCAAUCGGGAGCAGAGGCCGCAAAACGGACUCAUUCAAAACUCUGACAGAGAUUCAAACUGGAAUUGCCGAGCGGAUGGGUCUGAUAUGGACUGCAGUGGUCGGGGAGUGUGUGAUUGUGGAAGGUGUUUGUGUGAUGAGACCAGGCUUGGGACAGUUUAUGGGAAAUACUGCGAGAGAGACGACUUCUCCUGCCCGUACGAAGGGGGGUUGAUAUGUGGAGGAAGUGUGUUGACUGCCACCUGUCUCACGGCCUCACUCAAAAAGAGGCGGGACAUUGCAACAGCACGUGUGAAUCAUUGGUGGGCUACAGGGAUGAUGUUCUAGGCCAAGCAGGGGAGAAGUGGAUUCAGUGUAUGUACAUCAGCAAUGACAGCUGUCGCUAUCGCUUCCAAACAAGCUCUCAGUCCGGUCAGACGCAGCUUCACAUAAGCACAAGAGCAGAGUGUGCCAGCAACAGCCGGCUGGUGGGAACGUUCCUGUGUGUCUUUGCUCUGACGGUGCUGUGCGGGAUGGUGGUGGUGGCUGUGUCCCGGCUGCUGCUACAGAAGAGGAACCUGACACCAGGGGGCGCUGCUGAGGUCACAGUGUAUCACUGCACUGGAAAGGACCUUUCAUACAUCCCAACAAGCAACGAGAAGACAGUAACUUACAGGAGGGAGAGUCCACCUGACCGACCUGUGGAGAUGCACAUCCAGGAUUCCAAGAUGCCCCUGGGUGACCCCUGGCAGUACUAAGCAAAGACAGAAGAAAGUCAGUAUAGAGAAGAAAAGACAAAUACAGGCUUCGCUUCUGCUUCUAAAUGAUCAUUCAACUUCAACCAGUUGCACGUGGAGACUGAUAAUGAUAAACUAAACUAUGAAAACCUCCAUGGAAUCACAUUUGUUAAAUGACCUGACCAAACUCUUAUCGACUGUGUGACUAAUGUGGCCAGUAUCCAGGAAAUGGAGAUGAAACAAAAAGCACAUGUCCUCCACCUCUUCUUCCUCAGUAGCAGCAAGGAGGCUGCUUCUCCCACAGGGUGAUCACUCCUCGCUUUUUUAUCCAUUAAUUUAUAUGUGUGUGUGUGUGUGUGUGUGUGUGUGUGUGUGUGUGUGUGUGUGUGUGUGUGUGUGUGUGUGUGUGUGUGUAGAUAGGUGCGUGUAUGCUCUAUCUAGGCAGUAUAUUUAUGAGUCUAUAGUGAGAACACUAUAUGUUAGGAUGAUGGGAUUGUGUGACACUACAAAGCUCCAACUGAACCAUCUCCCUGUCUUAGUCUGCCCUCCUGUGGCCAGCUUGAGGUACUACAUUUAUUUCUGCAAUAACACUGUCAUCACAUUACUGACCUCUACUGUAUUGCCUUGGGACUUACAGUAAUUCCCAAAGCACACCAAUGACUCUGUAUGCCUUUUUUUUAUCUCUUAAUUUGAUCAGAUCUUCAUUAAUUGUUGGCAUGCCUGGUCUUCGUAGUUUAUUUGUUGCAUUUCUAUUAAUGGAUCAACUGCAUUGCAAAUUACUGUUACUUUAUGGCAUUUUUCUACCAUAAGUGAGAAUCUACUUUCAUGUGUUUUUCAUAAUAUGUUUAGACUUGCAAUAGGACAAUUGUUUUGCAUUAUACUACUGAAACAUGGGAGGUCUCUGGGUUAGAAAAGCUGUGGUUUUAAAUGAUUUUUGCUUAAUGUUGGGCAUUAAAAGAUAUCUGUAUAUGCGUUAAGUGCAUUUAAGGCCAAUGUAACACAUCCACAACACUGGAAUAACAAUAGAUUGAAAAAUGGCAACUGCAUCAUCAAACGCCUACACAUGCAGCCUCUUUAACAGAGACAACAGCAGGACUGUGUCUGCAUGCAUCUGCUGAUCAUUGCAGAGCCAUUUCUGACAAGUUUAGACUCAAACUCCUGGGCAAAGGUACAAAUGAGCUCUGAAGGUACUGAGAUCAGAGGUGGAAGUAAACCCUCAUGCACUAUAUCAUCUGAAUCCAGAGUGCCAGUUGCAUGGCGUCUUGGUAAAACGUUUGCUUGCCCAAUCCUGUUCCUCUCUUUGAAUUGUUUUUAACCCAAUUUUGUUUACAGCAAAAGCUGCUCUCUUUUACUGUAAGUCGGGAACACUAUAUAUAAUUUAUUGUGAUUUGUUUUUCUUUCUUUUGUAUUUAUGAUAAUUCUGCUGUUUUAUGAUAAGGCUACUUGAGUUAUAGGCUGCAAGAACAGUUUGUGUUUAUGAAGACCAAUCUAUCUUUAACCAUGAGAAUGAUUCAGCAAUAAGGCUAUAAUCAUCUCAUCUAACCCGGCACUGAGUUCGGAGUAACAACAGCACUUUCAUGUGUAGUUUUGCUGGCAAAUAAUGUGACUAGUUGUGUAGCAUGAAUGUUUUCAUCACAAUAAAAUGUGCAAGAUUUUUUAA